AUGUCGAGUCUCGAGGAUAUAAAGAACGAGACUGUUGAUCUGGAAAAAAUUCCGAUUGAGGAAGUUUUCCAGCAGCUAAAAUGUUCAAGGGAAGGAUUAACGACUCAAGAAGGAGAAGAGAGGAUUCAGAUCUUUGGACCAAACAAGCUCGAAGAGAAAAAGGAAAGCAAAAUUCUCAAGUUUUUGGGGUUUAUGUGGAAUCCACUUUCAUGGGUCAUGGAAGCUGCUGCAAUCAUGGCUAUUGCUUUGGCUAAUGGUGAUGGUAGGCCUCCGGAUUGGCAGGACUUUGUCGGUAUUAUCUGUUUGCUAGUUAUCAACUCUACCAUCAGUUUCAUCGAAGAAAACAAUGCCGGUAACGCUGCUGCUGCUCUUAUGGCUGGUCUUGCUCCUAAAACCAAGGUGCUUAGGGAUGGAAAAUGGAGUGAACAGGAAGCUGCUAUUCUUGUCCCAGGAGAUAUCGUUAGCAUUAAAUUGGGAGACAUUAUCCCUGCUGAUGCGCGUCUUCUUGAAGGUGAUCCUUUAAAGGUGGAUCAAUCUGCUCUAACCGGAGAGUCUCUUCCUGUGACCAAGCACCCUGGUCAAGAAGUUUUCUCUGGUUCAACCUGCAAACAAGGAGAAAUCGAGGCGGUUGUUAUUGCCACUGGGGUUCACACCUUCUUUGGUAAAGCUGCUCAUCUUGUGGACAGUACUAACCAAGUUGGACAUUUCCAGAAGGUCCUUACAGCUAUUGGGAACUUCUGUAUCUGUUCCAUUGCCAUCGGUAUGGUGAUUGAGAUAAUCGUCAUGUACCCUAUCCAGCGCCGAAAGUACAGAGAUGGAAUUGAUAACCUCUUGGUUCUCUUGAUCGGUGGUAUCCCCAUUGCUAUGCCCACGGUCUUGUCUGUGACCAUGGCUAUUGGGUCCCAUAGGUUGUCUCAGCAAGGUGCUAUCACCAAGCGUAUGACUGCCAUCGAAGAAAUGGCGGGAAUGGAUGUUCUGUGCAGUGACAAAACCGGGACACUAACCCUCAAUAAAUUGAGUGUGGAUAAAAACUUGGUUGAGGUUUUCUGCAAGGGUGUUGAGAAAGACCAAGUCCUAUUAUUUGCGGCUAUGGCUUCCAGGACUGAGAACCAGGAUGCUAUUGAUGCAGCCAUGGUUGGGAUGCUUGCUGAUCCAAAAGAGGCUCGAGCUGGAAUCAGGGAAGUUCACUUCCUUCCAUUCAACCCUGUGGAUAAGAGAACUGCUUUGACUUACAUCGACUCCAGUGGUAACUGGCACAGAGUCAGUAAAGGUGCUCCUGAGCAGAUCCUCGAACUUGCCAAGGCUAGCAAUGACCUUAGCAAGAAGGUGCUCGCUAUUAUCGACAAGUACGCCGAGCGUGGUCUUAGGUCGUUGGCUGUUGCUCGCCAGGUGGUGCCAGAGAAAACAAAGGAAAGCCCAGGUGGACCAUGGGAAUUUGUUGGCUUGUUGCCACUUUUUGAUCCCCCAAGACAUGACAGUGCUGAAACUAUUCGAAGGGCUUUAAAUCUCGGUGUUAAUGUCAAGAUGAUCACUGGUGACCAACUUGCUAUUGGUAAGGAAACUGGUCGCAGACUUGGAAUGGGAACAAACAUGUAUCCAUCUUCGGCUCUUCUUGGUACCCACAAGGACGCAAACCUUGCAUCCAUUCCUGUUGAAGAGUUGAUCGAAAAGGCUGAUGGGUUUGCCGGAGUCUUCCCAGAGCACAAAUACGAGAUCGUGAAAAAGUUGCAGGAGAGGAAGCAUAUUGUUGGAAUGACUGGUGAUGGUGUCAACGAUGCUCCUGCUUUGAAGAAAGCUGAUAUUGGUAUUGCUGUGGCUGAUGCUACAGAUGCUGCUCGGGGUGCUUCAGAUAUCGUUCUCACUGAGCCUGGACUCAGCGUUAUUAUCAGUGCAGUUCUCACCAGCAGAGCUAUUUUCCAGAGAAUGAAGAACUAUACUAUUUACGCAGUUUCAAUCACAAUCCGUAUUGUGUUUGGUUUCAUGCUUAUUGCUCUGAUAUGGGAAUUUGACUUCUCAGCAUUCAUGGUUCUGAUCAUUGCCAUUCUUAACGAUGGUACCAUCAUGACAAUCUCAAAGGACAGAGUGAAGCCAUCUCCCACACCUGAUAGCUGGAAACUCAAAGAAAUUUUCGCUACUGGAGUCGUGCUUGGAGGCUACCAAGCCAUCAUGACUGUCAUUUUCUUCUGGGCGGCACACAAGACCGACUUUUUCUCGGACACAUUUGGUGUGAGGUCCAUUAGGGACAAUGACCACGAGUUAAUGGGUGCGGUGUAUCUACAAGUUAGUAUCAUUAGUCAAGCUCUGAUCUUUGUCACGAGAUCAAGGAGUUGGUCAUUUGUUGAACGUCCUGGGGCAUUACUGAUGGUUGCUUUCCUCAUUGCACAACUGAUUGCUACUUUGAUUGCAGUUUACGCCAACUGGCAAUUCGCAAAGAUUAGGGGUAUUGGAUGGGGAUGGGCUGGAGUGAUCUGGCUAUACAGUAUUGUCACAUACUUCCCACAGGACGUUUUCAAGUUUGCCAUUCGAUACAUCUUGAGUGGAAAGGCUUGGCUCAACCUGUUUGAGAACAAGACGGCUUUCACGAUGAAGAAAGAUUACGGAAAAGAAGAGAGAGAGGCUCAAUGGGCACUUGCUCAAAGAACACUUCACGGUUUGCAGCCAAAAGAAGCUGUUAACAUCUUCCCUGAGAAAGGAAGUUACAGAGAAUUGUCUGAGAUCGCAGAGCAAGCCAAGAGAAGAGCUGAGAUCGCUAGGCUUAGGGAGCUACACACACUCAAGGGACAUGUUGAAUCAGUAGUGAAGCUAAAGGGUUUGGACAUUGAAACUCCAGGACACUACACUGUCUAG